AUGGGGGAUGCGCUCGCUCUAGAGGUCAAGCAUAUUCUUGAAGAAUACCAUCCGUGGCCGGAGGACCCUUUGAACGCGUUCUAUCCACCCCGGCACAUGGUGGUUCAGUAUUACGACGACGUUACGGUGCGGGAUAUGUACCUCGAACGCACCUUGUCAAUACCGGUCAAGUUCCUCUUGAACCCUAGGUUCGACCUGCUGGGCUACUUCGCUCGGCACGUCCGACGGCUUUUCGCGGCCCCGGCCUUUGAGCUUGAUGACCUGGCAGGCGAGUUUCGAGUCCUGUUCACGCGCAAACCACGCCCUCGCAUCAGUCCGCCCAUCCCGCUGUUUGCAGUGAGGCCAAGGACUCACGGUACGGAAUCGGAAGGCAACCUUGAGGCGUUGCAGCGCAAUGCAGCCGCCCCUCGAGAUUUUUCUCGCCUGAUUCCGGAACCUGUCGUGGUAGUCGUGCAAGUGAACGAGCAACCCGCUCGAGCCCUAAUCGACUCCGGGUCGCUGUCAGAUUUCAUGUCUGCAA